AUGUCUGUCUUCAAGGCAUCAUUCCUAUUUCUUCUUUCCUCCUCACUAGUCCACGGGGUUCCACACUCCAGCAGAGCAUCUCGGAGCCAACAAUGCGUGGUUCCGCCUUUGCACAAUGCGCGACUGACUCGGGUUAUUAUUUUCGAGGAGGGUGUCAACUAUAACAUCUUUCAGCCGAUCACCGCCACCAACCUCAGCAAUGUGGAAAUCCGGAUGCACGGCAACCUGCAUCUGCCACAGAAUAUCACUGCGGUGCAGAAUAUAGUCAGUGACGGUACUUCUACAUGGUUUACCCUAGAAGGACCAAAAGUGGACUGGAUUGGUCCUGAAGACGUGAACAAUGGUUGGAUUGACUCGUACGGACAACCGUGGUGGGAUGCGAACCCUGCAGGUAGUUCAGGCAUCGAUAACCGUCCGCAUCUCAUGAGCUUCAAGUCUAGCCAAGCCACUAUGAAAUACUUCAGGUCUAGGAAGCCCAUCGCCUGGAAUGUCAAACUGCAUGGACAAGACAUUACAGUCAGCCACGCUAUUAUCGACGCUACCUCGACAGGUAGCUUCCCAUUCAACACUGACGGUUUCGAUGUUGAGGGUACCAAUAUCCAGAUCACCGACAGUAUCAUGUACAACGGCGACGAUGCGAUUGCAAAACACCAUCGGCUACCAGACUCACGGCAUGAGCAUGGAUCGCUGGGAAAGGAUCCCACAGACUUCGCCAAUAUCAGCAACAUCCGCUUUGACGAUGUGACUGUUGUCGAUGGGCUCUACGCAGCACGCUUCAAGUCAUGGAGCGGAGGGACCGGACUCGUCAAGAAUGUGACCUGGAACAAUAUUAGAGUCUUCAACGUGACGUUCCCGAUCUUUGUGACUCAGAGUUAUAGCGACCAAGGCGCCUCCCGGUCUGGAACUGUCAAUGCUAGUUCGGCUGUGAUGAUGGAGGAUUUUACCUGGUCUGACUUUGCUGGCUCGAUCAAUACGUACCAGCCUGGUGACGGUUCUUGCGUUUCCGACCCUUGCUGGUACAACGUUGGGCUGCCAAAUUUGAAGCAUACGGAGGCCCUCAUUAUCGAAUGCCAUACUGCUCAAUCUUGUAAGAACUUUGUGACGGACAACAUCCAGCUAUACCCGCAGGUUCUGGAACCAGCGAGUGUGAUCUGCAUGAACGCAACGGCAGCCCUCAAUCCUGAUCUUGGAUUUACAUGUAAAAACGGGACCUACAGCCCAUUAUCUAAUUAA